CUUUCCCGCGCAGGGCUCCCGGGAGCGGCGGUUCCCAUGGAGAUGGAAGAUGGCGCCCAGGAGCCGCCAGCGCUCCUCAGCACCGCUACAGGUCUUGCUUUUCCUCAACGGCUGGUACAGCGCUACCUACUUCCUCCUGGAAGCCUUCAUCUUCGUGUACAAGGUGCUGCUGCUGCCGUACCCCUUAACCAACCUGCUGCUGGAUGUGGCGCUGCUCUUCCUCUACCUCGGCACUGAGGCCACCCGCAUCUUCUUUGGGUCCAAGGGCAACCUGUGCCAACGGAAGGUGCCGCUCUCCAUCAGCCUGGCCCUGACCAUCCCGGCGGCCGUGAUGGCAGCUUAUUACCUGCUGCUGCAGACCUAUGCCCUGCGCCUGGAAGCCAUCCUCAACGCCAUCCUCCUGCUCUUCUACGCCAUGGAGCUGCUGCUGGGUGUCCUCGCGCUGGUCUCCUUCUCCAGCGUGGAUUCGUACUGAGACCCCGCGCCACACCGAAGGACCAGGCAUGGAGCGGCACAGGUACGCGAGGCGGCCGGGAGCCAGCGGCCCCGGCUCCGCCUCCCAGCCCGCAGCGUGGGGUGCCAGGCCCACGCCGGUGGCCCAGCAGGCAGUCCCCACCUGCAGGCAGCCCCAGGCAGGGGAGAUCUCCACCCUGCCUGCUCUCCACUUCACCCACAGCAAUACGAGCGACCUGCCGGGCAGCACCCAACCCGCUGCCACCCAGGACGCGGCCCCCAGGGCUUGUGACACGCAGGUCAGUUCGAGGUACGGAGAAUUAUUAUGUUUUUUUUUUUUUCUACUGCCUUCUCUGAAUAAUUCACUAUUUUCCAAUAAAUAAUUAUUUUUACCUGG